UGAUAAUGUAGCCCAUACAUACCGUUGACGCGUCCCAUGGAAAUGUCAUUUUGCCACACACGCGACUUGCCUCCACAUUCACUUUCUUCUCAUUGAACAACUACCUACUGACCAGGUGGACGUCAAGGCGAGAGACAGACGGCGAAUCGCAUUUCUCAUCCUACUAUUCUACUGCAAGAAGAGGUUGCAAAGCAUUGAACACCCACCGGCUCGCUCUCACGCUCGCUCUCACUCGCACUCACUCGCCAUGCCUUCCACUCUGGCGAGAGAAUCCAUGUACCCUACCGCCUCGACGUCAACUCUCCCAUCGUUUGAUUUUCUCCAUUCGUUGGACUCAUGUGUGGAGAUCACGAAGGAAUGUACGACAUCUUUAGGAAGAGGAUUGGACAUGUUCAAGGUCGGCGUGGAAGAUAUGCCGAGGUUGGCCAAGGUUUUGACGAAUAGACAGCACUUCCUCCUCCUUCCUCACCCCACGAUCUCCUCGUACCAAUCCACCAUGUCAACUACCAUGGCGCCUCACAUCCAAGAUCUCAUCAGUCGAGCUGAACGAGCUCUCCAAGCUCAAUCUGACGUAUUGGCCAAUAUGGAACAAAAACUAGAUAUACUUUCUUCCGCAGAGGCAUUGUCGGCUAUACCGCCUGCUGCUCCUUCUCUUUCUCCAGGAUCAACAGCAGCGGCUCCAUCAUCAGCCUAUGACCGUACAUCAGAUAGCUCAGAUCAUGAGGAUGGAACUCACGGACGCACCUUGGAUUCACUCGAGAUCAAAGAGUUGAAUCCUGCUCAGCGACGCGCUGUGGUGGUAUUGAAGAAUAAGCGGAAGAGGUUGGAAGAGGAGAAGAAGAGAUUGGAGAGGGGGAUAGGGGCGUGAACAUGAAGGUGCAAUCCGCCUAGCGUGGACAUGGAGGAGCAAUCCGCCUAGCGUGAACAUGAAGGAGCAAUCCGAGUCCGCCUAUGGCGCCUAGUGCCAGCCCGCCUGAGAUGAUAAUCCGGAUCUGUACAACAUUUUCUCGAUUUUCGUAUAGUGUCUGUCCACAUUGGUCAAACGAUGUAUCCACCGGUUUGACCGAGACACCGAGUGAUCUUGAU